AUGGGGCCGUGGCGGUGGCCGUUGCUCUGGUGCUUGCAGACGGUACUCAUCCUUGUGGGGGGCCAGCGCCCACAGGAGAGACCCCCCCGGCUGGCAGGAUGGUCCUCAGCAUCCUCCUCCUCCUCCUGGAUGCCCACGGCAGAGCCAGGAGCAUCGAGGGACCCCGAGGGCUCGGCGGCAGCGAUGCUUUUCCUGCAGACGGGCGAUACGCAGCGGCUGGCCCGGGCCAACUGCAGCCGGGGGGUCGUGGCGGGGGCAGCCGGUGCCAGUCCCCCCGCAACGCUGCGUGCCACCCUCCGUGCCGCCCCCGAGGCGCUGGCACACGCUGCCAACUUCCUCAACAUGCUCUUCCAGACCAACGACAUCCGAGAAGCCAGCGUGGCCGAGGACGUGGAGUGGUACCAGGCGCUGGUCCGCAGCCUGGCAGAGGGGCACCCGUGGGUGUACCGGGCGGUGCUCGCCCUCGAUGCCCACCCGCUGGCUGCCAAGCCUCGCUUGAUGCUGCAAGCCACCAAAGGGGACGAGGAGAUCCUGCUGCAGGACGUCUCGGCUGCCGCCCCCGGCUUGGGCAACCUCAGCUGGGACAACGAAUGGUUCAACUCCUUCAAGUCCCAGCGGACCCCCCAGCUCCGCAAGCGCCUGCUCAGCAACGACCUGAGCAGCAUGGACACCCCGAAGUGGCAGCGGGGGGACAGCUACGUGGGGGAGCCGGGCCACGUGCGGUGGUCCCCACCCUUCCUCCAGUGCCAGGACGGCAAGUUCCUGCCCGCCUGGAUGGUCACCCUCUCCUCUGCCUUCUAUGGGCUCAAGCCAGACCUCAGCCCUGAGUUCAAGGGCGUCGUGAGGGUGGACAUCGAGCUGCGGGAUGUGGCCAUCGACCAGUGCAGCACUGGGCCAGGCUGGUUUGCAGACACUCAUCGCUGUGACCUCAACAGCACCCAGUGUGUCCCCCAGGAGAGUCGUGGAUUUGUCCUUGGGAGGUACCUGUGCCGCUGCAAGCCAGGAUUCUACAGGGCUGGUGCCCUGGGCGAGGAAGGUGCCACCAAGCCCGGGCUGUCAUUUCACUUGGCCACCUCUCUGUCCCCAGGCGCAGCAGGGACGGAUGGGGGGGCCCGGCUGGCAUGCCAGCCCUGUCGCCAGGGAUGUGCCACCUGUGAGGAUGAUGCCCCCUGCCUGAUCCAGGAGGACCGGGCACUGCGGGCAGCCGUGCUGUCGUGCCAGGCGUGCUGCAUGCUGGCCGUGUUCCUCAGCAUGCUCAUCUCCUACCACUACCGGCGCAGCAAGAGGAUCCGGACGUCGGGAGUUGUCCUCCUGGAGACCAUCCUCUUUGGCUCCCUCCUCCUCUACUUCCCGGUCUUCAUCCUCUACUUCAAGCCCAGCACCUUCCGCUGCAUCCUGCUGCGCUGGGUGCGGAUGUUGGGCUUCGCCAUCGUCUAUGGCACCAUCACCCUCAAGCUCUACAGGGUGCUGAAGGUGUUCCUGUCCCGCACGGCCCAGCGGGUGCCCUACGUGUCGAGCGAGAGGGUGCUGAAGAUGCUGGGCCUGAUCCUGCUCCUGGUGCUGUGGUUCCUGGCGGCCUGGACCAUUGGGAUGCUGGAGAACCUCGACAAGAACCUCCCCCUGGUGGUCCGUAGCCAGACCAGCAGGGGGCUUCACUUCUACAUCUGCAGCCAUGACCACUGGGACUACAUGAUGGUGAUCGCUGAGAUGCUGUUCCUGCUGUGGGGCAGCUUCCUCUGCUAUGCCACCCGGGCCGUGCCCUCUGCCUUCCACGAGCCUCGCUACCUGGGCAUCGCCUUGCACAACGAGCUCAUGGUCUCUGCCACCUUCCACGUGGUCAGGUUCAUCAUGGUCCCCUCCCUGCACCCUGACUGGACUCUGCUGCUCUUCUUUGCUCACACCCAUGGCACCAUCACCAUGACCCUGGCACUGCUCUUCAUCCCCAAGCUGCUGCACGCCGGCUCGCCGCUGCGGGAGGAGAUCGCGGCCGAGGUGUACGAGGACGAGCUGGACGUGGGGCGCUCGGGCUCCUGCCUGACCAGCAGCAUGGCCUCUGCCUGGAGCGAGCACAGCCUCGACCCCGAUGACAUCCGGGAGGAGCUGAAGAAGCUUUACCUGCAGCUGGAGGUGCACAAGGCCAGGAGGAUGGCAACCAACAACCCUCACCUGGCCAAGAGGCGCAGCUCCCGGCGCAGCCUCCUCCGCUCCCUCUCCCGCCGCGGGGCUGAGCCGCCGGAGGUCCUCCCUCGUCGGAGCAGCGGCGGCGGCGGUGGUGGUGGUGGUGCUGCUGGGGAGCGGCUGAGCAGCCUGGCACGCCGCAGCUCCUCAGCCAAACGCCUCCCUGAUGCCACCGGUGCCACCCUGAGGAUGAGGGACGAAGGCUCCCGGCACCGCGCCGCAGCCCUGCGCAAGUCCCCCAGCGCCGAGGGUGCCAGGAGGGAGCCCCGCGCGGGGUCACUCAACAGCCCUGAGCGUCUGGAGAGGAAGACGAUGGUGGUGACGCCCUCAGAGCCCUCUGACAGCGAGUCCCUCGAUGCUGCCCCGCUCGUCUGCAAGUCAGCCAGUGCCCACAACCUGGCAGGACCCGGGCAGCUCCCCCUGCCCCGCGCUGCCCCCCUGCAGAAGUCACUCAGCGCCGGGGCGCAGGACGAGGCUCGGCUGGCUGCCACCUGGGACCACCGAUGGCACCCAGCCCUGGCACAUGGACCCCCCAAGGCAGCUGGGGUGCCCCCAGCUGGCUCCAGCCCCACUGAGAGGAGCCCCCAGCAGGACAAGACCCCCCUGGGCGAUGCCAAGGCGCAGAAGCGAGUCACCUACGCUCCCAUCAAGAGCAUCAGCGUCGACAGCUCCCACCCCCCCGGGAGGGUGAGGGUGGCAGUGAAGAGGACCCCACCGCCCCCUCCCGUCCGUUACCAGAGCCUGGGGCAGCGUGCCACGGCAGCCACCCGCAGCCUGGAGACGGCAGAGCCGCCCCCAGCCCCCCUGGCACAGGCAGGAGAGCCCCAGGGAACGGCAGGGGAGGAGGAAGUGGGGGGCACUGCCCCCUCGGCAGGGAAGGGCAGGCUGCUGCCUGCAGCAUCCAUCCCGGCACAGGUCUGCCCCUGGGAGCUGGUCCAGGAGGAGAUCUUGAACCAGAAGCAGAGAGCUGCUGAGGCAGCAGACUUGGGGACCCCUGGGGACAGAGAGCCCACCCCCAAACCGUCCUUCCAGAAGACUUCCCUGAGGAGCCUGGGACUUGCCAUCAAAGCCUUCAACCGCUCCAGGGGGAAAAGGGGCUGA